UCGAUAAAUACUCAUUCUAUUGCUACACUACAUAUACACAUACACAUACACAUACACAAAAACAUACACACACACAUACACACACAUACACAUACACCACACCAGCAUGGGGAAACGCCAACACACUCAAGACAAACUAUAUGUCACUAAGACCGAAUGGUCGACCCUAUACGGCGGUAAAAAUGCAGGGAAGCAAAAGACAUUCAAACGCUUGCCAUGGAAUAGCUGUUGCCUAUCGUUCCAACCUGUGCAGAACCCUGUGAUAGACGCCAAAGGCAACAUGUUCGACUUGAUGUACAUAGUCCCUUAUCUCAAGCGCUACGGCACUAGUCCCAUCACCGGAGAGCCGCUCAAACUUAAAGACCUCAAGAAAAUCACUAUCCACAAGAACACCCAGGGCAAGCCACACGACCCUGUUACGCUGAAGGAACUUAUUGACAGCCAGAAGAUAGUUGUGUGUCUGCCAGCGGGUAACGUGUACUUGUACAACACCGUAGAGACGCUCAACAUCAAAGCGAAGAAUUGGCAUGAUCUGCUGACAGACGAACCGUUCAAGCGCAGCGAUAUCAUCACAAUCCUAGACCCACAGAACCCAGAGAAACAGAACUACUCGGAAUUCCACCAUGUGGUGAACAAGCUUAAGGUACUCUCGGCCGAAGACAAAGAGAUGCUCAGCAACCCCUCGUACAACAUCAAGACCAACACCGCCGAAAUCAGGAGCACACUCAGCGACUACUACAAGGACAAGACCAAGCGCGAACAAGAGACCCUCGCAAAGGCUCAGGAAGCCGUUGCAAAAGACCCCCUGGCCACUGACCGUGUGAGCACCUUCAUUUCCGACAACCAGAUGGCUGGGUCGUUUACCAGCACGUCGGCCGUGCGGGUGGGAACAGCCGCAGGAGCGGUGUAUGACGAGGACUAUGUCAGAUACGGCAAGAUCAAAAAGAGUGCGUACGUUCGCAUCAAGACCAACAAGGGCGACAUGAACAUUGAGCUGUACUGUGCACUGGUGCCUAAGACAUGUGAGAACUUCCUACUGCUGGCACAACAGGGCCACUACAACGGAACGGCCUUUCACCGGUCUAUUAAGAACUUCAUGAUCCAGGGAGGCGACCCAACAGGCACCGGCAGUGGCGGAGAGAGUGCCUGGGGGGGCAGGUUUGCUGAUGAGUUCCAUGCUAAGCUGUCGCAUGAGGGUCGAGGCAUGCUGUCUAUGGCCAACAACGGAGAGGACUCCAACGGGUCGCAGUUCUUCAUUACAUACCGCAGCUGCAAACACCUCGACAACAAACACUCUGUCUUUGGCAAAGUGGUGGGUGGCAUAGACACCCUGAGCGCACUGGAGAAGGUGCCCGUGAACGAAAAGACCCACAAACCCAAAGACCGUCGCGCCAAAGAAAUAGCAGCCAAUCAAAACAGAGCACAUCGCAAUGCCACCAAUGCCACGGGCAAGGGUGGGGUGGGCAAAUACAUGACCCACACACCCACCACAGCCCUCGCAGACGACACAGCCGAUGACCAGGCACCGAAGAAGAAGAAGGUCAAAACCACGCAGGCGUUUGGGGAUAGCUUUAGUAAGUGGUAAGGUGGUGGUGUGGUGAGGUGUGAUGGCUACGAUGGGAGUGUGACACAGCCGAUGACCAGGCACCGAAGAAGAAGAAGGUCAAAACCACGCAGGCGUUUGGGGAUAGUUUUAGUAAGUGGUGAGGUGGUGGUGUGGUGUGGUCUGAUGGCAUUGAUGGGAGUGUGUCUGAGUGGUCGCUGCUUAGUCUCCACAGGCUGCGGUGGUUGGUCGUGCGAUUGAGUGCUACGGCCAACGCUGAGAGUGCAGCCAAUGCGAUAGGCAUAGCGUUACGCAGCAAAUCAAAUCAGACAGGUCCAAUGGGACAUUUCUGUACUUUUAGGACCCAGAGCAAGGCAGCCGCAAACGAGACGACGACACAGGUCAGCCGGAACACCGAAGAGUUUAGUUUAGGGUUUAGGGUUUAGCUCUUCGCUAAACCCUAAACCCUGUGAACAACAGCACACGCGCGUGAAAUACGGCGGGUGGGUUGACAGCUACAGACGGCAACUGACCACGGCGCAGCUGAGGGGCUCUGUGUGCGCUGCGGCUGAAGUGGUAAGGGAACGGUCACCUAAUGAUCACCUACGUGUGCGAUGCCUCAUAUGUCCUAUAAACGGGGUUUAUGUGUGUUUCUCUGUCUUCAUAUGACUCGUGUACCAUGCACCAUCCAUGCCACGUGAUUUGCCAUCCCUGCCAUGUGAUUUACUAACUAUGUCAUGUGAUUUGCCAUACAUGUUAUGUUAUUUUCUUGUUGGCCGCACUCGGGGGCUGUGGCGGUCAUGGCCCAAUGCGACGGGCAAACAGCUCCACAGAACAUCGCGCGAGCCUCUGACACUGGGGCACUGACACUGACACUGACACUGACACUGACACUGUGAGCCGUUCAGCCGUUGCGAGACUGCGCUCAGCCCACACAGACAACUCAUCAGACACACAGCGACGCAUUGCCCUGUGAGUGCGUGGGGUCAGUUGGGGCCAUUGGAAGCCGCUUAGCUCUCGGCAUAGCGAGAUGUAAAGUGAACUCUGCGUGGGUGGAAUGGUAGUGCUGUAGGUCAGCUUGAUGCAGAUUUAGGGUUUAGGGUUUAACCUAAUCGGUCAUAGAGGGUCUAGGGUAGUGUGCUUCACCGAUGGGUGAGUUGGAGAUCGCACUAUGCGAAAGCUUCCUGGGCGUACCUGCACCUGCCAGAACAUUCAGACUUGGCUGUAGGGGUUAGGGUUUUAGCAGCUCAGCGACCCAUAACCUUCUGAUGUCAUUUUAGGAGGCUAUGAGCGACCCUGCAGAGUCCUAUAGAAAUGUCCUCAAUGCCGAACUUCGGAGAGUUCAAUACAAACAUGGAUGACGGGGAAAGCCCGUGGUGGUAGUUCAACCACUCAGACCUCUAAGGAACUACACACUAGCGCUGCAAUAAAACAGAAGUGUGGUAUUACUUCAGUUGUGCUAUUUUAUCCCUAUCAGACGUCUAGGAACUACACACUAGCGCUGUAAUAAAACAUAGGUGUAAUGUCA